AUGCCUUCUGAUUUAGCCAAAAAGAAGGCAGCGAAGAAGAAGGAGGCCGCCAAGGCUCGCCAGCGUACCAAGAAACCCGAAGACAUAAACGGCGAAGGCGACCAAGCGGAGAGCCAGCCUAAUGGAGCAGUCAGUAACGGUGUGGACAGUUUGACAAAGGAGCUGGACGAGUUUGAGCUCGCUAAAACGGAGGCGCGCGCAGUGACGGGGGUGCUCGCGUCGCACCCCAAUAGCACAGAUGUUCACAUCAGCAGCCUAUCGCUCACCUUCCACGGUCAGGAGCUGCUGGUCGACACAAGUCUGGAGCUCAACUCGGGUCGGCGCUACGGCCUUAUCGGCCUUAAUGGAACAGGAAAAUCCAUGCUGCUGUCAGCCAUCGGGCAUCGCGAGGUCCCCAUUCCCGAGCACAUCGACAUCUACCACUUAACCCGGGAGAUGGCGCCCAGCGAGAAAACUGCGCUGCACUGUGUCAUGGAAGUGGAUGAGCAGAGGAUAAUGCUGGAGAAGGAAGCCGAACGACUCGCGCACGAAGACUCCGAGUGCGAGAAGCUAAUGGAGCUGUACGAACGUUUGGAGGAGUUGGACGCUGACAAAGCGGAGGUGCGAGCCUCGCGAAUCCUCCACGGUUUGGGCUUCAGCGCCGCCAUGCAGCAGAAGAAGCUUAAGGACUUUAGCGGAGGAUGGAGAAUGCGUGUCGCGCUAGCUAGAGCUCUAUUCAUCAAACCUUUCAUGUUACUGCUGGACGAACCCACCAAUCACUUGGACCUGGACGCGUGCGUGUGGUUGGAGGAGGAGCUUAAAUCCUUUAAACGCAUCCUGGUGCUGAUCUCGCACUCACAAGACUUCCUAAACGGCGUGUGCACCAACAUCAUCCACCUGCAUCAGAAGAAACUCAAGUACUACACGGGAAACUACGACCAGUAUGUGAAGACCAGAGAGGAGCUGGAGGAGAACCAGAUGAAGCGCUUUAACUGGGAGCAGGACCAAAUAACACACAUGAAGAACUACAUCGCCCGGUUCGGUCACGGUUCCGCUAAGCUAGCCCGACAAGCGCAGAGCAAAGAGAAGACGCUGCAGAAGAUGGUGGCCUCGGGCCUCACUGAAAAAGUUGUGAAUGACAAGACGCUGUCAUUUUAUUUUCCUCCCUGUGGGAAGAUCCCUCCUCCGGUUAUCAUGGUUCAGAAUGUGAGCUUCAAGUAUGGUGACAACAUGCCACACAUAUACAAAAACCUGGAGUUUGGUAUCGACUUGGACACCCGGGUGGCUUUGGUGGGGCCCAACGGUGCGGGAAAGUCAACCCUCCUCAAGUUGCUCAUGGGAGAGCUGCUACCCACUGACGGCAUGAUCCGCAAACAUUCUCACGUCAAGAUUGGUCGGUAUCACCAGCAUCUGACAGAGCAGCUGGAACUUGACCUGUCACCCCUGGAGUACAUGAUGAAAUGUUUCCCCGAAAUCAAAGAGAAGGAGGAGAUGAGGAAGAUCAUCGGCCGCUAUGGACUCACGGGGAAGCAGCAGGUGAGCCCGAUUCGCAACCUGUCGGACGGGCAGAAGUGCCGCGUGUGCUUCGCUUGGCUGGCCUGGCAGAACCCGCACAUGCUCUUCCUGGACGAGCCCACCAACCACCUGGACAUCGAGACCAUCGACGCGCUGGCAGAGGCAGUCAACGAGUUCGACGGCGGCAUGAUGCUCGUCAGCCACGACUUCAGGCUCAUACAGCAGGUUGCUCAAGAAAUCUGGGUAUGCGAGAAGCAAACCAUCACCAAGUGGAAACGCGACAUCCUGGCGUACAAGGAGCACUUGAAAUCCAAGAUCGAAAAGCAGCAAGCGCAUGACAUUUAA